AUGACUGAACCCAUCCAGAACAUUGGUGGUAUCAUCGAUGCCACCAUUCUCCGAGAGACGCUGGAAUCCGCGGAUGCAGCCUUGAACCCUAGUUUCGUAUCCUCACGCAGUAAAACUGUCCAAGCGAGCUUCAACAACAUGGACUCGAAUGGUCUUAUUCUGUGUCGAUACAUGGAAGAAAUCUUCCCUCCUCAUCUGUGCGUUCAAUGGCAAACUUGGUAUUGCGAGCAGAUGCUGAAACAUGGAAUCCAUCUUCAGACUGUCACAGACACGGUGGCAUGCCUCCCAGGCUCAACACAUCCGAUCCUGCUUCAAGAGACGGCGGCAAAACUCAAGAUCAUAGAUGAUUAUAUCCUGCGACAUCGCAAGUCCUUUUUUGUCCAUGCUGUCUACCUAGAUCGCUACUCCCGCGCAGAUAAUCUGCGGUUCUUCCUAUUCAUCGAUCGCCUGAUGUCCCUCAAUGCUCGCUUGAAGUGUCAGACUAUGGCUGAGUUCGUGUCAGAACUCGCUCGAGUUCAGGAACUAUCUGCCAAGUGGAUUCACGCACAACAUCCUGCCAGUUACACAUGCCCAUAUUGUCGAACCUCUUUUUCCCUAUCGACACAAGACUAUGCAGAAAUACUCAAUAUCCAAAGAGUCAUGACUGCAGGUGAACAUAUUCAAGAACGAGCUCUGCAGCAGCUUGAAAAAUUGUCUACAGAUACAAAUGACCUGAAUGAACUUUAUCGAGAUUUCAUCGAUUUCAUGGGCAACUAUUUCAGAUUUCAUAAUAAUACGAACCAAGUGCCGCUUCUGGUUGGCAAGUUUCUCACAUCCUGGCUUACGAUUCUGUCUGUUGAUAUCGAUAUUAUGCCACGCACAACCCGUCCGCAGGGUCAUCACGUGCCGGGUCCAAACGGUUCGGCCCCACCCGUUCACCUGCAAAUCCUGUCAUCGCCAGUGCCAGAAUAUACCAUAGGGCUAUCUUGUGAGAUGGAGGACCUGCUAUCAUAUUCGAUGAAUGCGCCUGCAAGUACGACCGUAUACAAACAAAUGCAAAUGCGCAUCAGAGACCUGAUUGCUGUGCACAAGUUCAGGCAAGAACACAAAAGCCCCAAGAGCCCCAAGAGCAUAUGCACCUUGAUAGAAUCAGUCGAAGAUAUCCGAGCGCUCGACCGGAGAUAUUUCCCACCUUCCAAAGGCCCAUCGCGACUCCAAAACUUGACUGACAACGAAGUUCAUAAGCAGGCUGGCCAGGCACAAGACUGGCUGUUCGACCUCUUAGACUAUCACAAUAUGGUAUUUGACCGAGCGCAUCAUCUACGAACGUUCAGGUCUGCAAUAGGAAAGGAGAUGGCCGGCCAGCAAGAACGCUGGUCAGAGAAGGAGCGUCUUUACAUGGCUUUGACCGAUCCUACCAUUUCGUCACCAGGAUACAGACUGAAAUUUGCACAUAUUUUGGUGCUGCAAUUGAACCUUGCGGAGCGCCUGCAAGAUGUUAGCAAUUUUAUAUCAGUGCGUAUGGAGCGUAUCCAACAUGCGAAGGAGUUAGAUUCCGAUUUGGGCAGCACACAAAAAGCCAUUGUCGACAAGAUCACUUCCAUUAAAGUCGACCACUUUGCGUGUGCUGUCCCACUUUCAUCUCUCCAGCCUUCUGCUGGUGCCUCCAUGGUUGAUCAAAAUGCUGGAUCUUGUCCCGUCUGCCAGAACUCUUACACUGAUCUGUCAAAGUUCAAAAUCCAGGAUCUGAUUGCUGACUACCCUGUUCGUAUUAAGUACUGUGGACACAUCUUAGGGAAGUGCUGUCUCGAGCAGUGGAUGGUCACACGGAAGAUCGACCCGGCCAAAUACCCGCACCGAACUUGUCCGCUUUGUCGGGUACAACUCGAAGGCGUACGAGCACCUCCAAUGCCUCGCUUAUUGAAACAGCAUCUGAAGAGCGACCGCCGGGCCAUGGAAACUGUGCAAGACCUAAAGUAUGGCUUUGAAUUGGAACCUGAAGAUUGUCAUGACGCUGUUGCUGCCUGCUUAAGCAUGAGCAUCGCAUGCAAUGAGCUGUUGGCCAUGAUCCGUGGUCAGAAGAGUGAUGAACGCAACGCAAGCUCUGAUGAAGAUGAGAAGAUAUUGGUUGAGAGGCUCGAAGAAGUCAAAAAGGAAAUGAGAGCUUGGGGAUUCAGAGGAAAAGCUGCAUGGAAGGACAUCUGUAAAGAGUGGAGGGAUAGUGGUGUCAAAGAGCUGGGUAAUAGAGUACAAGAAGUGUACAAGGAAUUGGUUUACCGCUUGCGCACACAGUCCAUUGAGGCUGAGUGCAUCAAACUUCCCAAACCCAGGGCUUUGGAACAGCGGGCAGUCGAGCCAUUGGUUUCACUUGAUUUGAGAAAUGAUGUCAUGACGAUGAUGUCGCGUGUGCGCUUGUCGCCACAUCUUUUUUGCUGGGCGGCGCUUCGGCUUGGCAAAUAA